AUGAUGGGCGGAAAGCGACGCGGCGGAGGCGGAGGAGGGGGCCCGCCGGAACGGGUUCGAACCCAUCUUCUUUUCUCUCGGGAGCACACGCAAAACACGCAGAAGCGGAAAAGACGGCCUCAUAAUAAGCUUCAAGUCACUAAUGUGCAUAAGAAAGAUGAGAUGGUGCAGGCGGGAGCAGUCGACCCAACUGAAUGGACAGGCAACCAAAGAGUGCUCCAUUUUGGACCAAUGGCUCAACGCGAUCCCUAUUUCUACUAUUAUCCGAAAGGAUGGGAUGUCCUCUACCCAGCUACUUUUGGUUUUUUCCCAUAUCGGACCACAAGGUUCCGUGGAUCUCAUUCCGUCGUAUGCCUAGCCGCAUUUGGAAUUUUCCUUCUUUUUGGUGGGCUAUUGAUGCUCUUUCUCGGCUAUUUCUGGGUCUACGAUACGCCAUUUUGGACGUGGGAGCUUGAAAUGCGGAAAAGACCCCCUCCCAUCCAGAUUGUUGGGCCUAUACUACUUCUAAUCGGAUCCGUGCUAUGUAUAGGAGCUUGCUGUGUCAGCCUAAUCACUAGUGAUCUUUUCAAAACAUAUCUUCAUCAUACCCGAAAACACAACGAACCGUCGCGCGUGACUACAAUAACAACGACCUUCAAGGAACCCGAAGCUUACUUCGAAAAAGACCCCUAUCAACCACUCCCCCCGCCUGCCUAUCCUGUGCUAGCGAAUAAAUAUGCGCAUUCUAAUCUCGUCAAACCGCAUGACGAGCAGAAGUUGUAUCCGCCAGUGAUCCCGGGAUGCUCAACCCUGUCCCUACACGGACGCAGCCCCGCGAAUUUGGUGGCAAGUCCCUACAACACCCUACGUGUCUACACUCCACAACGAUAUCACGGGUCAACUGCCGAGGCAGAUCACCGGAGAACUGGCAGCGUUGCUGGCUACCGGGGCAGCCAAUCAAGCGACAAUAAAAGACUUUUCCAGCUAGACGAAGCUAUGGCCGCCGAACCGAUGGACGUCAAGCCGAUUAUGGCUACGUUUGCCGCCGCCGACAUCAAGCCGAACCACACCAUCUACAUCAACAACCUCAACGAGAAAGUCAAGAAAGACGAACUGAAAAGGGCGCUCCAUGCCAUCUUCACCCAAUUCGGGGAGAUCGUUUCGAUCAUGUCGUUCAAGACGCUUCGCAUGCGAGGACAGGCCCACAUCAUCUUCAAGGAGGUUUCAUCUGCUGCUAAUGCACUCCGUUCCAUGCAAGGAUUUCCUUUCUACGAGAAGCCAAUGCGUAUCCAAUUCGCGCGCGAGGACAGCGACAUCAUUGCUCGCGAAAAGGGCACAUACGUCGAGAAGCCGAAGAAGUACCAGAACCAGCGCAUCAAGAAGGUCAAGAAGGUGAUCACGAAGAAGGGCGAAUCGGAUUCUGCUGCUCCCCCGAACAAGAUCCUGUUCUGCACAAAUCUGCCAGACGAGACGACGGCCGAUGUGCUCGAACUUCUAUUCAAACCGUUCCCCGGACUGCGUGACAUCCGCAUGGUGCCGAACAGGACGGGAAUCGCUUUCGUGGAGUUCGAGUCUGAAGCUGAAGCCUCCGGCGCCCGCGCAGCCCUCGACAACUUCAAGGUCACACCCACCCAACAAAUGCGUGUCAACUACGCCAAGAAA